AUGCGGCGCUGUGUGAGUGCUGCUGGGACCGCGGCUUUGUUCACCGCGUGGCGCGGCCCCGCGCCUGCAAUGGGCGUAUUGGCGACACGUCAGUCCAUGUGCUUCCACUCAUCGUCGAAGUUCAUGGGGCGGAAGUCGAGCGGAUCAAAGAAGCUCAGCGAUAGCGCGCCCUCCACAACAACAACCGCAGCUGCAGCAGCGCCAGCAGUUGCGGGAGGGGAUGUUGCGGUUGCCGAGAAGAGAGCGGAAGACCGCACGUCCACAACAACAACCAGCAGCAACACGGAUGCCACCAGUGCUAGUGGCACUGCACCCGCAGCACAGAAGAGAGCCGCGGAUACGGCGAAAAGGCAGCGGGAGCGCUGCCCGCGCAAGGCGCUUCGCAGCACCUCGGAUCGUGCCCCACCACCCGUGGAAGGGGGGAAAGACACCACGCGAUUCAACAGACGGACGGAGGCUAGCAGCAAGCGCCGCGUAGAGGAUGAGGGCGCCUCCACCAUGACUCGCGACGAGGAGAAGAUAUUGGCCGAGCGCGCGAGCAUCACGAAGCUGUUCAUGGUGUCAGACUCCGUGGCCUCCAUCUUCUGCGCGCUGCCGCAGGACCAACGCUCGAUCGACAACUACCUCAAGGCGGUCGACAAGGCAGUUAUCCCGAAGACGGCGUCGCCACCGCGCGCGCAGAGCACUGCCGACUGCGAUGCAGCGGCGGACGAUGCUCCUGACGACAUGGACGCCGCAGCACUCGUUGCUAAGUCGGCGCGGCAGAACGCGUCGACGGCGCGUCGCGAGAUUGCGCAGCGCAUUCUCUCCGAGGAGCGCGCCGAUCACUCGUUGUGCAUCCACGUACGAGACAUGGAGCAGCUCGUGCCGCCGCGCCAUCUGCUGCAGAACCCCGUGGUGGAGGCGCCGAAGAAGGCGGCGGGCCCCACAGCCGCACGGCAGCGCGGCUCAGCGAAGCGCAGGCGCAAAUCAGCGGAUAGCGGGGCAGCAGCCGAAGCGACAGCAACAACGUCGAUGAGGUCGCACGAUCAGGUGUUGGCGCUGCAGCAGUGGCAGACAAACGCGCUAAAGAAGGCGCGCGAGUCGCAGGAGCGACACCAGAUACCGGAGGACUACCACGCCAUCACGCGUGUGCGCUUCCACGACCCUCACAAGGAAGAUCUUACGGUUGUGCUGGGGCGCGGCGGCGGCAAGUCUGUCGUUGACGUCCUCGCAGCGAUGAAUCAGAGCCUCAAGAAGAAGCAGACCACACUCAGCACUGAGGGCAUUCUCGACGAUAUAGGAAGUGCAGAGGGGGAAGAGGAGAGGAAGGCAUCAGCGGUGUCGCUUUCGAUGCCGUUCGCCAUCAAGCCGCUGCUGUCGGUUGUGGCGAGCUGCAUUCCGCGGCGCGAACCCGCGCUGGGCUCGCGGUGUGGUGAAGAGACGUUCUUUAGGUCUGCCACCGCCACCGCGCCGCGGAGGGCGAAGAAGUUGGACCCCUCCACUGCAGCUGCAGGGGUUGGGGAUUCUGGUAUGUUCUUGGCAGAUGCGGAGGAGCUGGGGCGGUGCGUGCCUCCCAUGCCGCGAUUCACGACGCGCGUGACGGUGUUGGUCGAGCACGACGAGCUGGAGCCGGUCGACUUGCUUUCGAUGGCGGAGCGCAGCACAACGCGGCGGGAUGAGCGUAGCAGGCGGGCACCACGAGGAAACAAGAGGCCCCAUAUUUACUGCUUGAUCGCAGACGGUGGGGAGUUCUGA